AUGCCAAAGAAAGGCAGCCUCAAAAAGGCGUUUGCCUCUUUCAACAGGCAGCAGGACGAGAAGAAUCAUCACAGGGCCGUCCAGGAGGCCGUAAAGAGAAAGGCAGAAUCUCUCACGAGGUCAAACAAGAGGCAGAAGCCGAAUGCAUCGCCUCGCAAGCAACCCGCGACGGGUACAGGAGGUGCAGGCAGCCCGGACUCGUCGUCUGGCCCGCGGCAGAGCGGGGCUGCCUGUCCGCAGCUUCCGGCAAAACGGACCGUAGAGCCUUUCGGCCACGACGAUACCAUCCUCAUCGUCGGAGAGGCCAACUUCUCCUUUACCCUUUCGCUGCUCUCCCAACCUCGCAACCAUUCGCCCUCGCAGAUCCUCGCCACCGCUUACGAUUCUGAGCAGGAGUGCUACAGAAAGUACCCGGAUGCAGAAUCAAACGUGCGCAAGAUCAGGGAACUGGCGGCGAGAGAAGACGUCGUCGUCUUUGGGGUCGACGCCGGCCAGCUCGACAAGGUCAAGCAGGUCACUGGCAAGUCCAAGGCAGGCCGCUCCGCUGACCCACUUGCCCCGCCGCCCUCGACGCGGAGAUGGAGCAAGGUGUGGUUUGGCUUCCCUCAUGUUGGUGCUGGCCACAAGGACGAGACAAGGAAUGUCCUCGCCAACCAGCUGCUGCUCCUUCGCUUCUUUAUCUCGGUCGCGCCCUACCUGACCGACGGUCCCCUACCCAAGCACGCCGCUGCCGCCCUCGGCCAAUCCCAGCGGCCCCUUGCGCGAGCAGACUCCGAAGAGCCGGACCCGAUGGUCGGCGAGGACGAAGAAGGCGAGGGUCUCGACAUCCUCGAUGCCUUCAAGGACGCCACCGAGGCGGAGAGAGAGGCUCUUGCCGCCAGCCGAGCAAGGCAACCCUUCCGGCCACCGGUCAAGCGAGGCUCGGUCCUCAUCACCUUGAGGAACGCGGCUCCCUACACCCUCUGGAGCGUGGCAACGCUGGGAAAGCGCCUCCCCGAGAUGCUUUCGAGCAUCGUACCAAUCGCACCGCCAUUGCCAAAGGGAUGCAAGAAGCCCACCCUCGCCGACCUCGAUGCUCACGGCCUGAGCAGGGACUCCAGGCCGGCUAAGCCCGUAUCGACGAAGAAACCAGGAGCCAAGGGCCAGCGGAGCCGAGACGACAGCCGACCACGUCGAGGGACACCCCGGCAUUACCAGCUCUGGAGGAGCUUCGAGUUCGAGCCGAGCCGGUGGAAUGGCUACGAGCACAGGAGAACCGUCGGCUGGGUCGAAGGUGUCAGUGCUGGUGAUAACGAGGACCUGCUGCGACUCCGAAACCUUCAAACAGAUCCAAACGAAAGGGCCAGCCGCGCCGGUGGCGGCGAGUGUCGCACGUGGGAGUUCGGCCUCGACUAG